GAGAGACAGUUUUUUUUUCAGGUCAUCGCGAAGGCGAGGGGGAUCCACGACCUACAGCUGUACGACGGCAGCAUGCAGAGCGAGCUUCAACGUGCGUGACGACGUCCUGGGACCAGUCCGCGGAGAACACGACCAUGAAGAGGAACCAUGGAUUCCAAACAGGAACCAAAUGUUCCAAAAUCUGAAACGACGCUGUCGGGACGAGCCGACCCCAUUAAUGACCAUUUAUUUGGAGGAAGCGGCAAGAUACCCAGAUGCCGCCCCACAUCUCUUAUACGAAAGUAUAGUGUCCUCGAUGCGUACUUGGAGACGAACAAACCAACCGUCAGUGCCGCGGACACUAACCCAACUGGCAGAUGCACUGCAAAAUCACGCCCAAUACUCCAGCCACUUCAUCGGCAUGGUGGAAGCAGGCGGGGGCCAGGCUGUUUUAUUGAGCGCGCCCGGGGCAUCGCGAAGGCGAGGGGGAACCACGACCUACAGCUGUACGGCGGCAGCAUGCAGAGCGAGCUUCAACGUGCAUGACGACGUCCUGGGACCAGUCCGCGGAGAACACGACCAUGAAGAGGAACCAUGGAUUCCAAACAGGAACCAAAUGUUCCAAAAUCUGAAACGACGCUGUCGGGACGAGCCGACCCCAUUAAUGACCAUUUAUUUGGAGGAAGCGGCAAGAUACCCAGAUGCCGCCCCACAUCUCUUAUACGAAAGUAAAGUGUCCUCGAUGCGUACUUGGAGGCGAACAAACCAACCGUCAGUGCCGCGGACACUAACCCAACUAGCAGAUGCACUGCAAAAUCACGCCCAAUACUCCAGCCACUUUAUCGGCAUGGUGGAAGCAGGCGGGGACCAGGCUGUUUUAUUGGGCGCGCCCGGGUUCCAGGAGCUUCUGUCGGCAAGUGACAUUAUCACAGACCAACCCAACAAGACGGCCCUUACCAGGGGGGGCACACUUAAGCUGGCAACAAUUUUCUUUGCCGACAGCGCUCCUAGGGACAAGCGAUCGAGUCAUCAUCCGAUACGUGGAGAUGGUCGAGAGCUGAAGAAUCUUAGGAUCCACCCCACACUUCAUGGCGACCCUGCCAGUCGGGCUGCUCGAGCACUAACCAUCUGCUCGAGGCAGCCCACCCCGCCCGCGCACUCCGAACUACAACCGCGCCAGCUCAGCCUCCACGGCGCACGCUCUGAGACUGUAUCAGCCAGCUACCACGUCGCCCCAGCUGCGCUAAGUCACCAAGCCACGCUAAGCCUCGCCGCAGCUAGUAUACCAGCAGCACCGACAACAAGGCGGCCGACGACAAGUGAUUAUGCGUGCCGAGCCAGUCCACCGCAGCAUCGUCGACCCACGUCCCGCAGCGCAGCACCGCGCACCGUACCCGCUCCAGCCAUGGACCACACGUGCACCCUCUGCGGGUAUGCCACGCGCAGCGGGCAUAUGAUGCGACACCAGAUAAGUAAACACAGAGGGCUGAUGGUGGAGUCCGGAAGAAGAGCAUUUGAGAAGUAUGGAUUUUUCGAAACUUACACACCGGCCAAGAAAUAUUGCCCACAAAAAUAUCUACCUCCAAAAUGGCUGGUGAAUGCAGUCACCGGGACGGACAGGGAGUGGCUGGAGGCCCUGUACACAGGCGCGAUACAGGGCGAGGAGGAGUAG